GGCCUCGGAGGCCCACCAGUUCUCCACCACACGGCGACGCGGGCGGCACGAGCUCGUCCCGUAGCUGCCACUGUUGCUUCGCUCGGGCUCGGCUCGCUUUCGCCGUCGCGGCCGCACAGCGCACAAUAAUAUCGGCGGCCAAUAAACAACUGCGCUUGACCAUUCCACCCCUUUCCUUCGCCCCCGCCACGACCGCGUCCCUCGCGCGCUCCCUCCCUCGCGGCCACGUCCACCUCCACCUCCCUCGCGGUCUCAACCCCCCUUUCCAAGAUCCGACCCGGGGGGCCAGCCCGGCCAUGAUCUGAUUGUUUCCGAGAGCCUCGCAGGAGCAGGAUUGCAGGGAGCCUCCACUCGAGAGUUUCUUGGCUGCGGCUUGCGAUGGUGGCGGUCACGGCGGGGAGAAGGGCAGGCGCCGCGGGCGGCGUGGGCGGCGGCCGCCGGCGCGCGGGAUGCGGCGAGCAGUCGCAGGCGCAGCAGAGGCUGCUGGCGGUCGCCGUCGCCGCGCGCUUCGCGGAGGCCGGGCCGACCCCGUCCGCUGAGGCCUCCGGCGGCGGCGGCGGCGGCGGCAGCUGCUGCGUCGAGCUCCUCGAGUGCCUGCUCGCGGCGCUGGGCGUCAGCGUCACCGCCGUCGCACCGGCGCCCGCGCAGUACAAGUGGGCCGUGCGCUCGAUCCGGCGCCGCCGGCCCCGCGGCGCGGCCUCCGCGUCGUCCGCCGAGGGCCGCCGCUCGGGGGCCGCCGAGCCCGCGCCCCCGGGCCGCAUCGCGGGGAACGGCGCCUCCGCCUCCGCCGCGGCGUCGCUCUACACCAUGCAGGGAAAGAAGGGCGUCAACCAGGACGCCAUGGUCGUUUGGGAGAAUUUUGGUUCAAAACAUGACACCGUGUUUUGUGGUGUUUUUGACGGCCAUGGACCAAAUGGGCAUUUGGUUGCCAAGAGGGUCAGAGACCUUCUCCCUGUAAAGUUGAGUGCAAAUUUAGGAAGGAAUGGGACUACUACAGGAGGUACUACUCCACACAGGGUUGAAGACACUGACGCUUCCCUUGAAAAUGAGGAGAAUGGCGAGCACCCAGAAUUUUUCCCAGCAUUGAGAGCUUCAUUCUUGCGGGCAUUCUAUGUUAUGGACAGGGAUCUGAAAUUACACAGAAAUAUUGAUUGUGCAUUCAGUGGAACAACAGCAGUUACAGUAUUCAAGCAGGGACAAAAUCUUAUAAUUUGUAACUUGGGGGAUUCUAGAGCUGUCUUGGGUACUAGAGACGAAGAUAAUCAACUAGUUGCUGUUCAGUUGACGGUGGACCUCAAACCUAGCAUUCCAAGUGAAGCAGAAAGAAUCAAGCAACGAAGGGGUAGGGUAUUUUCUCUUCCAGAUGAGCCCAAUGUUGCACGUGUGUGGCUUCCGACAUUCAACUCGCCAGGAUUGGCCAUGGCAAGAUCAUUUGGAGACUUCUGUCUAAAGAAUUAUGGUAUUAUUUCAAUGCCUGAUGUUUCAUACCACUGCAUCACUGAGAAGGAUGAAUUUGUUGUGUUGGCGACUGAUGGGGUAUGGGAUGUACUUUCCAAUGAUGAAGUUGUUAGCAUCAUCAGCAAUGCUCCUUCACGGGUCUCAGCAGCCCGGUUUCUUGUUGAAUCAGCUCAGAGAGCAUGGAGGACGCGGUACCCCACAUCAAAAACCGAUGACUGUGCUGCUGUCUGUCUCUUCCUGAAUACAGAAGCAGCAAGUGCAUCCUCCAGUUCUGGAACCAAAGAUUCGACGAACAUAGAAGCGAGCAGCAGUAUGCACUCAUUAACUGUUAAAUCAAGCACUGCGGUUCCUGCAAACCUUGUUACUGCAUUGGUAGCGGACGAAGAGUGGUCUGUUCUUGAUGCCGUCUCUGGGUCUGUCACUGUGCCAAUUUUGCCAAAGCCUACUUCAGUUGUGAACGAGAGCACAAAAGAUUGAGGUUACUUAUCAACUGGGGUGGUGCCAGUUUUGCUGGACAGUUGUUCAGUUGUGUUGUGAUUUUGCGUACAUUGGAGGUGAAGCCAAGAUCAGUGCCAAGUUUUGUUGGCGAAUUGGGGAAAGUUAUUUCAUGCUGUAUUCUGCAUGACGGUAUGGGUAGGACUGCAGCUUUCUUUUUUCUGUACAGGAUUCAUCGAGUUUAGUGUGGCCAAUGCAUAGUAAUAAUAGUCAUAGCAGUAAUAAUGUACCAGCUAUUGAUGGAUGAGCUGCUCAGAUCCAUGCAUGGGAUGAAGUUUCUCCCUUAUUUUGUAAUAUAUUCUUUUAGUUUUCGCAGAGAUAAGAAGUUUUCUGUUAGGUGAUGGUUUGUUUAUGUUACAGUUUUCUUUGUCCAUGUCUUGUAGUGUAUUUCCGUUGAUGUAGCUACAAACCAUUCUGGUUGGAUGCAUAAGCAAGUUUUGUUCUGUAAGUCUUGUGUUAUAGUUAGUGUAGUUACUAAUGAUUUGGAGCUUCAAUAUUUUUGUA